GGCGUUCCGGGCGCCGCGUCAUAUGCGGUGCAGAAGCCCUGUCGCCGCCUCCCUGCAGGUUGAGACGGUCAAACAUCACCUUUCCGUUCGGCUCCGUCUGCUAUUGGCUGCCGGCUCGACGUCCCGUUCGCCAUCCAGUCCGUCCCCCGGGGGAGCGAUGAGAACGGGAAGAGGAGGCGACCCCGCUCCGGGCCGCCGACCCCUCCCCGCCGCCGCCGUCGUCGGCGGGGCCGCCGGGGAGACGGGGGACUCGUGCUGUCGGUGAACGGGCGAAGCGGGCGACGGUCCACGGGGCGCGGGACGAGGUCCCCCGGCGGGUCGGGGCGAAGCGAAGCGACCCCUCGUCCCGGCACGGCCCCGGCCGGGCGUCGGGCCGGCACCCUCCCAGCCCGGGUCCCCGGGGGCGGACCCCGGCCUGUGCGGCGUGCCCCGGCUCUCCGUGGGGCGCGGCCUCGGAAACGCCCUACACCGGGACGCCGUUCCUCCAAUCCCGUUCCCCACUGAUCGAUCCAGUUCUCGUGAUCCCAGCCCGCCCGCCCAACCGCCCGUCCGCCCGCCCUGCGCUGCGCUCUGUCUCUUUGCUGACAGCUGCAGCUGGAAUUGCAGCGAGAAGACGAGAACCCGGUUUCCAUUGCACCCUUCCGAGAUGCCAAGAUGGCUGAGCAAGCUGCCAUGCUGACUCUGGGGUAGGUCCCACGCAGAUGACAGUCAUGUCCCAUUCAAAGGGACUCAAGGAUGACUGCCACAGCGACACGGUGCUGUCCGUCCUAAAUGAACAGCGCAUCAGGGGGGUGCUGUGUGACGUCACCGUCGUCGUGGGGGACACCAAGUUUAAAGCCCACAGCAAUGUCCUGGCCGCGUCCAGCCUCUACUUCAAGAACCUACUGUGGAGCCGCGCUGUCUGCAGCUCCGGCCACGUGCUGGAGGUCGACGACCUCAAGGCCGAGGUGUUCACGGAGAUCCUGAAUUACAUCUACAGCUCCACCGUGGUGAUAAAGAGGCGGGAAACGGUGACGGAUCUCGCCACCGCCGGGAAAAAGCUGGGCAUACCGUUUCUGGAAGAGCUGACGGACGGUGGCGGGAGCCCUCCCGGCUCCCCGGGGCCCCCGGCCCUGGCCUGUGCCACGGAACGGGGCACGGUGAAAGAGGAGAAAAAUGAGAAGCGCCCCGAAGAGCCGGCUGUCACCAGCGGGCCCCGGAUCACAAACGCAUUUUCCAUCUUUGAAACGGAAAAUAGCCCCAACGUGUUUUCCCCGCUGGACUUGAGGGCGAGUUUCAAGAAGGCCUCGGACCCGCCCCGGGGGCCCGGCCUCGGCGCGGAAACUGGCGGGGCCCGCGCCGGGGCGGAACUGGUCAGCACACUGGCGGAACACUCCUAUGCGGUUUCCUCAGGUGUGGAGAGCUUGCCGGGGCGCCCCUUUCUGGCACGCGACGCCAGCCCCCCAUACCUGACCCGGGAGAAGGAGCCGGAAGCUCUCCCGGCCAAGGCCGUGAAGCGCAGAGCCUCGACGCCUGCGUCCCAACUUCCCGGCUCCGGGGGAGCGAGAGCCAAAGUGCCAACCCCCAAGGGAGACCCCGCGGCGGCCCACCAGGGAAAGGCCGCGGCCCAGGUGGGCCUCUCUGUUUCUCCGUCACCCAGCAGGGCGGGCGAGGCCCCCGCGCCAAGGGAAGGGGCUGACAAAGUGCCGCCCGUCCUGGGCCCCGGGGCGAAGGCCGCCGCCCCGCCUGGGUAUGACUGCUCCUGUUGCACCGCGCCCUCGGAGGACCCGGCUCUGCUCAGGGCCCACCUCCAGCUCCAUCGUCCCCAGCACCAAGCCUCACUGGGGUGCAAGGGCUGUGGCCGGCAGUUCACCACCCUGACUCGCCUGGGCAGGCACGAGCAGGCCUGCGCGAGGGUCGGUCACCCGGCCGCCCCUGCCGUCCCCGCCGCCGAAAAUGCCGGGAGCUUCUCCGACCUGCCCCCGGGCCACGCGGGCCCGUACACCGGUACGGAACCGGUGCUGCCCACCAGCCGGGCGGCUGAGCUGUCCGGCUCCCAGGGCCCCUUGCCCGAGGCAGACCACCUGGUGAAGGUGGUCGAGGGGCAGGUCCUGUACACGUGUUCCGUGUGCCGGCGCAGCUACGUCACGCUGUCGAGCCUUCGGCGUCACGCCAACGUCCACUCGUGGCGGAGGACCUACCCUUGCCAUUACUGCAACAAAGUGUUCGCCCUGGCCGAGUACCGGACCAGGCACGAGAUCUGGCACACGGGGGAGAGGCGGUACCAGUGCAUCUUCUGCCUCGAGACCUUCAUGACCUACUACAUCCUCAAAAACCACCAGAAAUCCUUCCACGCCAUCGACCACCGCCUCGCCGUCAAUAAAAAAGUGGCCGGAGGCAGCCUCAAGCCCGGCAUCUAUCCGUACAAGCUGUACAGGCUGUUGCCGAUGAAGUGCAGGAGGGCCCCGUACAAGGGCUACCGGAGCUCUCCCUACGGAGACGGCCUCGAGGAGGGCCGGCCCCACGGGAUCGCUCCCGGCUCCUGCCUGAUCCCAGACCCCUCCGGGGCUGAGCGCCCGGGCCCGGACUUCCCCGGCCACGGCAGCGUCCCACCCGGUGGGGCGGCGGUUCCACCGAGCGGUUCUCCCGGGCGGGACACGCUCCCGACUCCGAGGGCCCGGCCCGUGGCCGCCUGGGGAGCGGACCUCUUGACGUCGACUAUUCAGGGUGACUUCUACUCCUCCACUCAGGGGUCUGCACCCUCGGUGGGACCCAACCUCCCCAUGGGUGCCCCGGGGACCACAUCUGGGAUGCUGGCGUCCCGCGACGGUGGCGAGGCCCCGGCUCCCGCGAUGGGCUAUGGGCGGUCAGCCCCGUCCGUUAUCGUGCACAGCGGCAGGGUGUCCUCCGUCAUCGUGCACAGCAAUGCCGUCGCCACCGUGGCGAGCAGCUGGCCCGGCGUCCCCCGAGACCCCACCGGCAUGGCCCCGCAGGAAGACGGCCGGCCCAGCCCCGACCCCGGGGUCCGAGCGGGGAGCAGGCCCAAGGGCGUCAAAGACAAGAAGAAGACCACACCACGUGGCAGCCGAGGGGCCACUCUUGAGGAGCUCGUCUCUGCCCCCGGCCCCGGACCGUCGGCCGGUAAAGCUGCCAGCCCGGCGCGGGAGGCGAGCAAGACCGAGACGUACAUCGCCAAACCCGCCCUCCCCGGCACUUCGGCGGACAGCAGCGUCGCCCCUCUCUGCCAGAUCACGGUGAAGAUCGGGAACGAGGCCAUCGUGAAGCGGCACAUCCUGGGCUCCAAGCUCUUUUACCGGAAAGGAAGGCGAGCCAAACAGGCCCCCCAGGAAGAACUCUGUCCUCCCGAGAACGAGCCCCAGAGGGCGGCCCGCAGCCCCUCCGGGCGCUGCCGGACGGAACGGGUGGAGAUGAGCGAGAUGUUCGACGACGCCAGCGACCAGGAUGCUAACGACAAACCAUGGCGCCCCUACUACAACUACAAACCCAAAAGGAAGUCCAAACAGCUGAGGAAAAUGAGGAAGGUCAAGUGGAGGAAAGGAGGACCCAGCAGCCGGAGUCCAAAAAGCGAGCAGAAGGCCUCCGGGAGCACGGUGGCCACCCCGGAGAAGAUCCCCCCGGAGGGUGAGGGUGUGGGCGAGGGCGAGGCCACUCCGACGAUGCCCAAGCUCCUCUGCGAGCUCUGCGACGGAGACCACCCUCUGCCCGCGGUGGAGAGCCAGGCUGAAGACCAGUGGCCUCCCGCCGCCCCUCGGCCCUAUGCCUGCGAGUUCUGCCAGAAGCAGUUCCAGAGCCCGUCCACCCUGAAGAUGCACAUGAGGUGCCACACGGGUGAGAAGCCCUUCUGCUGCCAGACCUGCGGGCGGGGCUUCUCCGUCCAAGGGAACUUGCAGAAGCACGAGCGCAUCCACCUCGGGGUCAAAGAUUUCGUCUGCCAGUACUGCCACAAGGCCUUCACGCUGAGCGAGACACUCAAGAUCCACGAGAGGAUCCACACGGGGGAGAAGCGCUACCACUGCCAGUUCUGCUUGCAGGGUUUCCUGUACCUGUCCACCAAGCGGAACCACGAGCAGCGACAUGCCGCUCGGGAGCACCGGGCCAAAGGCUUCGCCUGCUUCCAGUGCCCCAAGGUCUGCAAGACCGCGGCUGCCCUCGGCAUGCACCAAAAGAAACACUCUUUCAAGAGCCCCGGGGCCCAGGAGGGCAAGGACUGCCUGUGUACCGAAAGCGCUAAACCCCUCGAGAGCCAGCGUUUCGGGCCAUCGGAGGGCAGUGAGACGAGUAACGCUUUACAGAGCGGGUCUGCAAACGGCGUCCUCUGAGCGAGCCGGGAGGCCCCGAGUGAUGGAAGCUGGGAGGGGAGCGGGGGAGGGUCUGAUGCCACUCUGUACCCCGCCCCCCGCCCCCAAAAGGGCACGGGGACAAGCCUUUGGACUUGUGUGAGUUCCCAAAAAGGUGACGCCCCUCUCCCUCCUCCCGGGUGUCGGAGGCACGUGAUGCACGCACGUUGCGCUGAAAGUCAGAAAGGCUCCAGGGUCAAGCUCUGGGGGGAGAGGGGGAUUUCAACUCUUCUUUUAGUACUUCUGUCAGAGGAAAAGGUUUCGCUACCGUGGGAAAUGCUUGAUCGAUUGAAAAAUGCUGGCCCAGCCCCCACCCUUAAGGUGGACGGCUCUUGGGGUGAGGGGGUCAAUGUCAACCACUCUGGGGAAUAAAGGCCUGGGUCAGAACACCCCAAUUUUGGAACGGUUAACUGAUGAACAAAAUCCGAUCGAAGAUCCCUUCCUCCCCUCAGAGCUCUGAGCCGGUGAGACUCGUCUGUCCCGGGUGGGUGGGAGCUCUCUGACCGCAAACCACGUCACCCACACAACGUGGAGAGCUGCUAGCUUGGCCUUGCCAUUCCCCAGUUGGCUGUUAGGGCGAUGAGUGGGAGUCCAAACUAGAUAAUAACAAUAAUGGUAUUGAUUAAACAUUUACUAUGUGUCAAGAACUGUUCUAUGCGCUGGAGCACUGUUCUAAGCACAAUGGAGCACUGUUCUAAUGCUGAGGGUUCUGGAAAACCAGGCAGAGGGUGUUUCAAGUGCCAGCGGGCCUUUGCCGUUUGAGCUGCCCGGGGACAAGAGUUUUCCUGAAUCUAGAGUGUGACUGACAGACUACAGCCUGAACCCGACCCGAUUCUGGUCCACGCCCGGGCUUGGCAUGCCACCUGGGGCAUAAAUCGUACCUGUCCCUGGGGGACGGUAGCUAGAGUUGGCCAGGGUCUGCCCCAUAGAGCUGUGGGGGCAACUUGAUAAAGCCCCUUUGUUCCCCCACCCCUGGCUGUCUAAGGGUCAGUUCCAGUUGGCACACUCUGCCGCUUUCCCCGGGCCAUCCCGGCCCCAGGGGGUGGCCAGUAGUGGUCCCAUCUGGGCCAGCAGCCGGAACAGAGGACCUCUCCAGGCCUCACAAAAGGACUGAGGGUCACUCUAUGGACGGACAGCGGCCUGGGUGAGAGGCAGCUCCAGGGGCCCUAGAACAGCUCUCAAUUUGUCAAUCAAUCAGUGGUAUCUCUUGAGCCACUUACUGUGUACAGAGCACCAGGCUGGACACUAAGCACCUGGGAGGGAACGAAAAGAGAAGUAGGUCUAGGUGAUCCCUGCCCACGGUGAGCUGACAGUCUAGAGGGUGAGAUUGACAUUAACGUAAGUCACAGAUGGACAGGUACAGAGGUGCCGUGGGGCUAAGGAAGGGGUGAAUAUCCAGGCAAUUAAGGGAACAGACCCAAGGCUAUAUGGAAGGAAGGGCUGAGUCAGGGGAUGAGGGUAGUUGGAGAAGUUUUCCAUAGAGUCUCUGGGACAGCUUCCUUCCAACUGAGCCACAGGGAGUCGGCCACCAAGCGCCCAGCUGGCCGUCCUCCAUGGCUUCUGCCAAAACAGCGGCUGCUGGGUAGAGCCCUUGAUUCGACUAGGCCCGGAAGGCCUCCUUUCCCAAGUCCUCCUUUGCCUUGUGUAAAAUUCAAGGUUCUUUUCAAAUCCGGGCCAAGGCCUAGCGAGGGUGAGCGUCGUUCCCCCUGCCAGCAGGCCUGGAACUCGGCCCGAAACACUAGCCGCUCUUCUGAACAAGGAAGCUGGGUUGGCUGAACACGGUAGUCGUGUUAGCUGUACGCGGGAGCUGGGUUGGCUGAACACAGUGACUUCUUUGGCUGUAUCUGGUAGCUGAGUUGGCUGAACACACUGGCUGCUGUGGCUGUACCUGGUAGCCAAGUUGACCGUGUAUAGCAGCUGGCUUGGCAAUAGCUGGGAGCGGAGUUGACUGUACAAGGCAUCUGGCUUGGUUUAGCCGGUAGUUGCUGUGACUCUACCCAUUAGCCGAGUUAACUACAUGGCAGCUGGCUAAGCAAUAGCUAAUAACGAUAAUAAUGAUGGUAUCUGUUAAGUGCUUCCUAGGUGUCAAGCACUGUUCAAAGCACUGGGGGAGAU